AUGUCCCAGAUGAGAGAAAUGCUACAAGCUUUGACUUUCAGAUUUGAAGCUCCACAAGCGACCGUGAUUUCGGAGAUCACAGGCCCAGCAGUCAAAGUCCAACUUCAGAGGUCUUUACCUUCAACCCUACCUCCAUAUGGGUUACCUUACGACUUCAUCCCUCGAGCAGAGGUAGUGCAUGACAUGGGGCAAUCUGUCCAACAAGUUGUGCCAUUGCCGGGUUACACCGAUGCACGCCCAGUCAUCCACAUUGUUGCUUCACCAGCUGCCAAUACUAGGCAUAUUCCUCAUUUUGAAGAUCAACAUCACCUAUAUCAGACUACUGAAUCAACCGUUAGUGGUGAUGAAGUGAGACUUGAAGAUUUCAGAGAAGUGAAGGAGAAUAUGCAACUCCUUGAGAAGAAGUUCCGAGCGUUGGAAGGAGACCAUGUCUUUGGUUCUGCCGCCAAAGAAAUAUGCCUUGUAUUUGGGUUGGUGAUUUCGACUAAGUUUAAAACUCCGGAUUUUGACAAAUACAAGGGGCAUACUUUCCCAAAGAUCCAUCUCAUCUUGUAUUACCGUAAAAUGGCUGCUCACGUGGAAGAUGACAAGCUGAUGAUCCACUGUUUCUAA